CUCUCAGAGCGCAUGAAAAUUAACAUUUCACAUCUUUUCAUAAUUUCUAUCCUCUCAAGCUAAGCCGAAAAGCUCGAUUAGAUAUAUAGCGCACAUUACAACGGCUUUCAUUUCACUCAGAUAUUGAUUUUUAGAGAUACAUAUUCCACAAAAUGACCGACUCCAACAUCCUACUCGGCCCCAAAAAGGCCGCACCACCACCAAACCCUUCCCUCCUCACACUCGCAGAAACCCUCCUCAGCACUGGCCCCUUUAAAAUCGAGUCUACACCUCGUCGCGUUCGCGCCCUGUUCGGUGGCAAAUUCCUCUUUGACACAACUUCCGCAAAACAUGUCUGGGAACACAAAUACUUCCCACACUUCUGGGUCCCCCUCUCAUCCGUCGUCCCCGACGUCCUGACCAAAACAUCCUCCGUCGAUGACUCCGAGUCUGCAUUCGGCGGCAUUGUUACUAUCCCAGGAACCGAGAAAAGUACCGAUCGAGUUUUGAUCUUCGAGAAAGGCCCCUUGGCAGGACUGGUCAAAUUUGAUUUCAAAGCAAUGGAUGCCUGGUUCGAAGAAGACCAGCAGAUAUACGAUCAUCCCAAGAAUCCAUACACAAGGAUUGAUAUCCUGGCGUCUUCGCGGAAGAUAGAAGUCAAGAUUGCGGGUGUCACAGUUGCGGAAAGUUCUAGCUCGAUGUUCCUGUUCGAAACUGGACUUCGGCCUCGUUAUUACUUGCCUAAAACUUCUGUCAAGCAAGAGUACCUUACGCCUUCUUCAACUACGACGAAAUGUCCGUAUAAAGGCAUGGCGCAGUAUUAUAACGUUACGAUAGAGGGGAAGGAGUACAAGGAUACCAUCUGGUGGUAUGAGUACCCGACUACGGAGAGUGCGGCGAUUCAAGGCUACGUGUGUUUUUAUAAUGAGAAGGUGGAUACGUAUGUCGAUGGGGUGUUGGAGGAGAAGUGAUUAGUACGGUCUGAGGUCAUCUGAUUUCAUCAAUGAGUCUCCCAUUUUCGACAAUUUUAUAAUGACUUCCUUCACAAAUAAGUCUCUUUCUUGAAAUAAGAGCAAUUUUGUCUGUGU